AUCGGAGAUUGUUAAAAGAAUGCGAAUGCUUGAGAUUUUGACAUUAAUAUUUCGGCGUUUUUAGGUGUAUGAUUGGUAGGAUAUACUAUAUACCAAGGUUUUCCUGUCAUGAAACUACAACAUUACGAACAAACAACCCCAGAAUCCGUGCCGAGGGUCGUCGUAAAUACUUCCAAGUGUGAUGGUGUUCUUGUCGGUGUUUGACGUCCUCCUCACGAUGAUUGCUGGUGUAACGCUCAGUGACCUAGUGGCGGCCAUAGCGGCUGGUGCCAUGAUAUUUGGUGGUAUUGUGCCCUUCAUACCUCAGUACAGAGAAAUCAAGGGCAGCGGAAAUGCAGAGGGUUUCUCCCUAUUUGUGUGUCUUACACUGCUGAUCGCCAAUAUACUCAGGAUAUUCUUCUGGUUUGGUAAACAUUUUGAGCUUCCACUUCUCCUGCAAAGUAUUGUGAUGACUCUAACGAUGUUGGUGAUGGUCGAGAUGUGCGUCACUGUCAAGAACAAAUCGGAUAUUAUAGCACAGAAAUCUCAGAAGUUUUUAGCACCUCUGGAGCUACAUAAGAAAAACGAUAACUUAAGUGCUGAUGAUUCAGUAGAAGGUGUCGAUACUGUUAACUAUUCUAAAGAAUCGCGGAGCUUCCUUGAUUUUAAUUGGAAAUAUUUUUGGAAAUGGACGCAUUUCUCAAGUUAUCUUCAGUUUCUGCUGCUGUUCAGUGCUGUUGUAGGAUUAAUGACGUAUCUCAUGUUGAAUGUGACUGUUUACAUCGAGACAUUGGGUUUCUUGGCAGUUUUUGCUGAGGCAUUGUUAGGAGCUCCACAGUUUUAUAGGAAUUUCAUUAAAAAGUCAACCGCUGGUAUGAGUAAAAAGAUGGUUUUCUUCUGGACAUGUGGUGAUAUCUUCAAGACCUGCUACUUCCUCAUCCGUGCUGCUCCCGCUCAAUUCUGGAUCUGCGGAAUGCUACAAGUUUCCAUAGACAUCUCUAUAUUCAUCCAAGUAUAUUACUAUGGACUUAUGCCUCAUGGAAUAUUUUGAGAAAACUACAUUGUACACAAGAAAUAGGCUCAGUUUGGUCAUAAGUACCAUCAAGUGAUACACAAAGAGAUAUUUCCAACAAAUGGUGGUUUCAGGUUUUGCCUGAAGUCAUAACUUCUUAGUAUGAUUACCGUCUUUCAUUCUCCACUAAUGUCAACAAGCGUCAUCAAGUACAAUUAUAAAAUUGGUCGAAAUCAUUCCUUUAUGGCGCUUAGAUUCAACACAAACAAUCCUCUGUGUUUUUUUCUACCUGACCAGGACUGAGAUUGUGGGAUCCGAUUGUGCAGCGUCAUUUGCUAAUUGCUGUUAUUGGAACUUGCAUAUUUUUGGUUGAAAUCAUUGUAUUGGCAUCAUCAGUUAUUAAGACCUGCGCACCCACUUUCGUAAUUUACCAGCAUUGGCAUUGCCACAACUGUGUGAUGUGGGAGUUGAUAUUGAUGUACUUUGCAUGCUCAUGUUUUUCCAUCCAGUUCUCCAUGCUAUGACAGAUCCUUAGUCAUACAAAGGAAGAAAACUUUGGUCCUGGCACUGUCCACUUAUGACUAGGGGUCCAAAAGUUGUAUUUUGUGUUUUAUAGUGCAGGUCAUUGGAUGCCAUAGACCAAAGUUUUAGAGUGCUUAAAGCACUCUAUGUCGUCUUCACUGAAGAUGGAUAUGUGUCAUUGGAUGUGAUUCUGGUUCUGUUGACUUGGGCGAAAUAUUCCAUCUCGACUUCACUUGUGCUGUUGUAUUGGGUGCACUGUUGCUCUUUGACAGCUGAUACAAUGUUGUCUUGGCCUAAAUUAACUAAAGACAUAGACGGCAAGAUGUAAAUCUUCUCAAUUCAUUCCUUCCUUCUUGUCGAGGCAGUCUAACUUAGUUACUGUACUUUCUGUACAUUCCGCUGCAUAAUAUCCAUUCGGUAAAAGAAGUGUCCUGUGAAUUCCUCACAGCCGUCCAAAAUAGAUAGUCAUGGACUUCCUGCAUAGAAGGGGGUAGUACAGUAGUUUCUACAUGUAGUCUAGGUAACUGUUGCAGAUAGGGGUCCGUAGUCAUUCUCAUGUUAUUUAUGUACGGGUAUUGCUUGAAAAGUCCUGGACUGCUCAGCUGCCCUAGUGCAAAUGAGCCUAUAGCAUAAGUGCUUUCAAAGGGAUGGGACUUAUUUUAGCAAAAGUAUUUUGGACAGGUGUUUCAAAUUGCUUAUCUGCGGGAAAGAGGUGCAUGCAUCACAGCGCUAUGUAUUUGUUGAUAUAUUGUAUUAUAUUGGUCAAUGUAUAUAUUGAUUAUAUUUUAGUUAUAAAUAUAUUAACAAUCAUGAUAAA